UAUCCAGGGCCAGAAGUUCAGUACCAUUUUGUAAAUAUUGAUGUCAAAAUUUCAACUAAGCUCACCUUCCACUUUCUGUCCUCUCAAAUGGUGACAAGCAAUGUUGAAGCCUAUUACCCUUCCCUAGCACAGCAGUACAACAAUGGCUACAGGCUGCUCACAUUUUGUCACAUCCCUGGCCAGGUAAACAAACAAAACAAGUGAGAUUGUUACUUAAUUUUAGAAGCUAUUUGGAUCAUAAUGCAAGCAUUUAGUGAGUUUUUCUGCCUCAACAACUUCCAUAUACACAGUUUUGAAUAAAUAGACUUAAUUGAGAUUCCCUGACUUUACCACAUAUUUAAUUCAGAACUAUCUGUAACAUGUGAACCUAUUGGAGUGAAUUCAAUGUUUUGCAAAAUGCUUGCCUAUCUUGAAAGGGUUACCAGAAAUUUGAUCGAAAGAAAUUUCGUCGACGGUAAAUUGAUCUACGGUAAUUUGAUCGAAUCUUUUUUUCGGUUCACAAGUUAAAUUUGUUUUCAAAUUUCUUUUUGAACGCACUAUACUAUACAGUAAAACAAAAUAAUGCGUUCAAAAAGAAAUUUGAAGCAAAAUUGUAACGUAAGUACUGAAAAAAAGAUUCGACCAAAUUUCUGUUCGAUCAAAUUACCAUCGAUCAAUUUACCGUCGACGAAAUUUCUUUCGAUCAAAUUUCCGGAUAUGUCUUGAAAGAAAAUAUUUUCUUUUUAUCACUAUUCUGUCUACUAUUCUCCAAUUAUUACCUAUCACGUUCAGUAAGCCUCACAAACAGAAAUGAACUUAAAAUGGUCUAAGACUAUUAUUUCUCAAAAUGUGUUUGUUCUGAGCUCACUUAAAAAUUUUUUGUUCACCUCCCUGUUAUUAAUUUAAAAACAACUCUUUUAUGUCUAAGAAAUAUGCUGUUGGUCCCUGGGGGCCAUAAAUUUCCAGGCCAUUGGAAAAUGCUGGACUUCUCUUAAAAAUCAGGUGCACUCUUCAAACAUGACUGAGUGUACCACAAAGGUUGUUUUCAGAAGAAAGUAGAUAUACUCUACCAAACUUAGCUUUUACGAGCGAGUAACUUUGCCUGUUCAGUUUUAUAAUCUCAGAAAUUAAAUCAUGUCUGUAUAUAUUUUCAUAAUGAAAUAAAACCUUAACUUUCUGUUUAUUCAAAGCUCCAGAAUUCAGAAAGCUAUGGUAAGACCAACAUUUUAGGGAAAGGAAUUAAGCAAGCUGUGCCCUACCAGUGGCUGACAACUGUAUUUUUAAAUUUGAUAAAUUGUCUUAAGUAAAUUAAUAUGUUCAUCAUUACCAAUGUUGUCCCUUUACAUUUGCUUGCUCUCAUAGCAGGGUUUUGUGUGUUGUUUUUUUUUUUUCAAUUUUUAAAAUGAGCACGUUCUUUCCUUUUUAUAUUUAACAGUGUGAAAAUAUUUAUUGCACAUAAAUUUUAUUAUGAAAGGUAAAGGUCAGAAUGUAUAAAUUCUUCUUAAUAUUCUUAAAUAACUUUAUGACGAGGAAUAGUUCUUUUUUGUUAAAUUAUUUAAAUUUUUUAAUAAUUUGUUACAUUUUUUAUUUCUCAGUCAAGGUCAGUGGCCAUGUUUGCAAAUGGCAUCCCAAUGCAAUUUCAGGCCAUUUUUUGUAAAUAUCCUGACAGCCCAGCCAAAGGAAAAUUUCAUCUCAGUAUUGAAAAAUCUGUUAUUCAGCCACAAAAUGUUUGGAGUGGAAUAGUAAGUGCACGUUCUGAGGCAGUUACAGAUACAAGUCAUUUGAUUGAAACCAUUGCGACAAAGGCCCAAGCUGGAGCACGACUAGUUUGCAUUGAACUGACUGGGGAGGAAGAAUAUCAAGCAAGUUUUAAUUUACCUCAAAAAAUGCCAAGUAAGAUCUAUUGAUGUUUAAAGUUAAAGCUUAUGUUGUUACUCCUUGGGCAGUAGAGGGUGAAAUUUUGUUUUUUAAUUUAACCAAAAAAUUAAAUCAAGUUUUAAAAAAUGUUAUGUCUGGACUGAGAUGAAGUUUUUAUAAACAAAAUAUAUUACCUGUUGGUUAUUAUUAAAUAUUAUUGAAAAAAUGAAUGUGAAAUAUGUCAUUGGCAAAGUAAGUAAUACAUAGUUAUAUUGACCGUGGGGUAAAUUAAAUACAUUUUAAUAAGUAAAGUAAUUUUGUGUGUGCACGUUUUAAGGUUCCCUACUAGAAAAGAUAUACAGUCAAGAAAUGCAUUUUCUGAUAAUUAUGCAAAGCUUGUUAGUCAACUGCUUUGUAAUGUUCUUAAUGACUUUAAUUUUUUAAAGCUUUUGCUAUUGAAAUAAAAAAACUUUUCUAAAAUUGUAAUAUUUAUGCUUUUUUUUUUUACAUUUUAUUAUGAUAAUGUACAUCCUUUAUUGAGAUAGUACCAGUGCUUUAAUACUAUUACAUUAUAACACCCCUUUAUGGUAUUGUAAUAUUAUUACAUUGUUUACCCCCUAUCAUUAUCAUUAUGUUGUGAUUGGAUUACAUUGUAUUUCACAUUUUUUGUGUGUCUUUUUAAUUAUUUUUUUUGCAAUGAUAGCUUUAACAUGCGUCCACAGUUUUAGGAGUAGAUAUUUUCUUUGAAAUCCCCAAUGAUGCCCCAAAAGAACUCUACAUCUACAAUGUUGUGUCCUCACCUGUAACAAUCAAGUACAGUUUUGGAAUGAGGCCGGCCCCAAAAGUGAUUUGUGAUUGGCAGGAAUUAUUAGACAAACAUCUUUCCUUAGGCUAUAGGCUUGUUGAUAUAUUCAUAGACGGCACUCAGAGCACUCAGGUAAAAUGGUGUGUUUAAUGAGGACUUAACGUGAGUAGAACAUUUUAAUUGCUUAAGUAUUACAGUUAGAAUAAAAUUUAGUUUAAAUUUUGUUUAAUUUCAUUUGUCUAUAAUGACCAGAUUCUUUUUUAUAAAAUACAACCUGGGUUUGGGUGUCUGCUCUACCCUGUAUUUAAUGCCGUGAUGCAAAAUACUUACUUUUUAAAAAUUGGAUCAUUUAUUGAAAUAUUCCUUUAAAGGCUUUCAGUACUGAAGUAACUAAGAACACCCAGUGGUUUUUCGAGAAGCCCCUUUCCCAAGUGAAUGAUAACACACCAGCUUAUCAGGGAACAGUUGUUGAGCACAAAGUAAAAAUAAUGCAGGGUGGCAUUCAUGGAUCUAAAACUAUAACCGAAUGGGAAACUGUGAUGGAGGUAAAUAAGAUAUAA